CGCAGCGCCCGCGGGCUCGAGCUGUGCCGAGCGCGCGCGUCCGCACCGGGCGGCCGCGCCGCGCGCGGGGGGGGGACUCCGCAGUGGGCCCGUUGUCGACAUCUAGGCUUGUUCAGCGCCGUCGCAGCGCCAUGGAGCAGCCCAAGUUCACGAAGGCCAUGAACAUGUCUGCGAAGAUGUCUGGACCCAAGGGUGACAAGAGCAGCGUGGAGAGACUGCCAGUCGGCAAGGGCGGAGCCAACCGUUACAAGAAGGUGCUCCGCGACAACAUCCAGGGCAUCACGAAGCCCGCUAUUCGCAGGCUUGCACGCCGCGGUGGGGUGAAGCGCAUCAGCGGCCUCAUCUACGAGGAGACCCGCGGGGUGCUGAAGAUGUUCCUGGAGAACGUUCUGCGGGACACGAUCACCUACACGGAGCACGCCCGCAGGAAGACGGUGAGCCCGUUGGACGUGGUCUACGCCCUGAAGCGCCAGGGUCGCACCAUCUACGGCUUCGGCGUCUGAGCCGCGCGGAUGCACAGACUUUCGGAAUUGCUCGUGCCGCCCGGAGGGGCCCAGAUCUCCGACGUCUUCCGAGCGGGCGUGGCUGUCAUCGUGGUUUGCCUCCGGGGCUCGUCGGCGGGCCCAUGGGAGCAGCUAGCACGCAUCG